AUUGUUUGACUGCACACACACACACACACACUGUACAUACAGUACAAACACACACAACAGUGUGUUUCUAGUGAGACAUUGACAGAGAGUUAGUUAUAGUGUGAUAGAGAGCACACACAUAGAGAGAGAUAUUACUGUAUUAUUAUUAUUAUACAUACAGUGAGUAUCAGCAGCAGUGCAUACCAUACGAUAAUAAUAUAAUAUACUAUUACUACAGUGUAUAGUGUGUUGUUAUGUGUGUGUACUGUACGUAUGUAUAGCGCGUUUACAACACAACACACACACUAUGGAGACUCCAUUUUGUUGUUUCGAGAAAAUAUCAAAAAAAAAUAUAUCCAUUAAAACAAAACUAAACUAACAGUGCAUUCAUUUUUCAUUAUUAUUAUUAUUAUUGGUAUACAAUAGUUGUGUGUAUUAUAUAUGUUUAGUAGUGUUGUGUUUUAGUGUCGUGUCGUGUGUUUAAAGUGUAUUAAACAACGGCCAGUGAUUACUACUACAACUAUAUCAUCGAUAACAUCGACGACGACAACAAUAACAGACUGGUAGUGGUGGUGACCAUAAACCACUACACAUAUGAUAAUAAUCAUCGGGUGCUAAAAGUUUGGCUAACAGACCACAUAUGGACACUAGUAAUAUGCGGUGCGCUUCGUAUAAUCGUACGAAAUGCGAGCGCACGGGUCGCGGCUGCGGUGGCGAACCCGAACAUUGUCGGGCACCCGACGGUAACGAUCGAUUGCCGACACUGUGUUUUGCUUUGUGGCAAAAUUCUUCGGACAGAGGAUUGGUACCCGAAUUCAAGGGCUGUUGGGUUGGAUCAGCUAAAGAUUGUGUCCAUCAGUCGCAGUGUAUCGAAAACAGACGCGAAGCUAAAAAACAAUUAUACUUUUGCUGUUGCGAAGGUGACCUCUGCAAUACCGAUACGUUUCAUAUACCGACACACAAUCUGAGUACUGUUUCGGCUGCGGCCACGUCGUCACUGAACGGCCAUCACAACAAUAAUCCGUCACUCGCUGGCGGCCACCAUUCAUCUUCCGCCUCAUCAGCAUCACUACCAGUAGGCGCACUGUCCAUUGCGCUGAUAACAAUUGUACCGCUGCUGACAAUAGUAGCACUGGUGGCCAUUGCCUGUAUGUGUCGUAAUUAUCGGCAAAAGUGGCGCCAACAAGAAGUGCCAAACGGUGAGGAUCCGCUACUGGAUCUGUCGCCGCCGUCGCCCUAUGUCGGCCUCAAACCGAUAACACUGCAAGAAGUUAAGGCUAACGGCAAGUUCGGAUCGGUUUGGAAGGCGACCGACGGUUCAGAUAAUUCGGUUGCCGUCAAGAUAUUUGCACUACAAGAUCGGCAGUCGUGGCAAAUUGAACAGGAAGUCUAUCGUUUGCCGCAAAUGAAACACCAGAAUGUUCUGAAAUAUUUGGGAACCGAACGCCGCGGUGAAGGCCUAAACACCGAGUAUUGGCUAAUAACUGAAUACCAUUAUAACGGCUCACUAUGGGAUUACCUCAAAGCCAAUACUGUCGACUGGAGUCAGUUGCUUAAUAUAGCUCAAGGAAUAGCCAGAGGCUUAACUCAUUUGCACGAAGAGAUACCGGCCUCUCAUUCAUCGCAAUUCAAGCCAUCGAUAGCUCAUCGGGACUUCAAGUCGAAGAACGUAUUGCUGACCAAAAACCUCAACGCCUGUAUCGCCGACUUUGGUCUGGCGCUUGUCUUCUAUCCGAAGUCGACGUGCGGCGACGCUCACGGCCAGGUGGGCACCCGGCGCUAUAUGGCUCCCGAAGUACUCGAAGGUGCCAUCAAUUUCUCCAGGGAUUCAUUUUUGCGUAUCGACAUGUACGCCUGCGGUCUAGUACUCUGGGAGCUUAUGUCCCGGUGCCGUAGCAGCCAAGACAUGCAGUUGGGCAACGACGGCGACUAUCAGUUGCCGUUCGAGGAAGAGGUCGGCCAGCAUCCGUCGCUGGAGGAUAUGCAAGACAUUGUUGCCCAACAAAAGCGAAGGCCAGCCAUACGACCCGAUUGGACAAAACACGACGGUAUGAAUGUUUUGUGUCACACGAUUGAAGACUGUUGGGAUCACGACGCCGAAGCUCGGCUAUCGGCUUCGUGUGUCGACGAAAGGAUUAGCGCCGUAAUUCUCUGUCCAAAUGUUAUCACCAAUUGAUUUUCAAAAGAGAGAGAGAGAGAGAGAGAAAGAAAAAGAGACUUAUGGUGUGUGUGAUGUGUGGGUGACAUGAAAAUGAAAACAAAAUGAACGACAAAAUGUUAAUAUGAAUCCUAUUAUUUCAUAAUUAUCGUAAUAUAUAUGUAUAUAAUAAGUAUAUAUAUA